GGAGACCAUCAUGCGACACAAGCAGGAUACUGUACAGGGUAGAGUGGUAAGAGAGUGGCGACGUCUGAAGUAGUCAGAGCUCAUCGUGAUGAAGUCCAUGAAGCUGUCGAUGACGUCCACGAUGAGAAGUUCGGAAUGCCGUCGAGGAAGAGCCGCAGCGUCGACGAGCGGAAGUAGCAAAACUGAUGUGGAUGGAGUACUGAGAAGUCAAAGACGUGGGAAGCGCGGGACAACUCCUGUCGGGGUGCAUCUGGGACGGUCGAAGGAAGUCCGCGGGAACACGCAGGUGAUAGCUGAGGUCGCAAUAGUAAGGCGACAUCCCCGUGGCUGGCGAGACGCCGUGGUUGUUGGCUAUCUCCGCCUGGGCAAGAUGGAGAUCCCACUGCUGGUCGUCACGAACAAUCUUUCGGAGGAUAUCUCCGAGAGUCCUGUUCGUGAUCUCGGUCUGACCAUCAGUCUGAGGAUGGUAAGACGAGGAGAAGCGGAGCUGAGUGCCGUACACCUCGUGGAGUCGUCACCAAAAUCGGCUGGUAAAGCGCGGGUCACAGUCAGAUAUGAUGCUCAGAGGUAAGCCGUGGUCACGCACGACUCGGUCAAAUACGAUGUCGGCAACCUCACGUGCAUUGAUGGCAUAGCGGCACGGAACAAAGCGUGCACGCUUCG